AUGAACCAGUGUUUUGACUCGGCUACACUGAACAUACGAUGGAAAGCUGAGACAGAUGGGUACUACAUUCACGCAGACUACGUGUUCUCGUUGAGUGGUAACCUGGGAACCAUCGUUCCCGCUUCAGGAUCGCAAUCGCAUACAUGGCGUAUCCCUUUCGACGAUGGUGUGUACUAUGCCAACUAUGGUCCGAUGGUUGCCGAGUAUCCUGUCGAUAUCACGAACGGUCUAUCGAACAUACAGCUGUAUUGCAACAUCGUGAAAAGCAAGACGAUACCACUGCUUGCGAAUGUCCCGAUGGACAGCUUGUACAAGAAUUACUUCUACAAGAAUCGCAUGUUGGUACCAUGUUCUGAAUUGCUUGAUCGCAUCGUGUACGAACUGAAGGACGAAAAUGGUGACCCGCUAUCGUUCAUUGGGAACGUGUACCUGCUAAUCGGAUUCACCGUUUCAGGAGGAAAUAAUAAAUGA